AUGCAGUCAAACGUAACUACGGAGAACCAAGCCCCAAAGCUGACGUCCAGGGACAUACGGGCACUUCUGGCUUACUCUGGUCGAAUUCCAAGGGCUGACUCUAAGGACUGGUUUGUCAACUCCGCUGGCUUCCUUGUCAACGAUCGCUACGGGAGUGGACUUCUUGAUGUCUCGCGUCUAGUCAGUUUAGCUGCGAAUUGGAAAACUGUCGGACCACUCUGUAUUGCCUCCCGGAAACGAAACCCAGUAAGGAGAUUAUCUCAGAACAAGCGAAAAACAAUGCAGGUUCUUCUGAAAAAUUGUCGGAAAUCUGAAAAGAUAUAUGCCGGCCAGACGGCGACGUUUACCUUCAACAUACCAAAGGCCAAAGGAUACCUGGCAUCUGAAAGCGAACGGAAGGAGUCCUGCAUGGUGGACAGCUUGGAAAUUGUCACGAUUCAUAUGCAAUGGGUGCACAAACAUCGUGGGCAUCUUCAGGUUACCCUUGUCAGUCCCGGCGGCAUGACCAUGGAUCUUCUCAAACCAAGGAAGCUGGAUCACUUUUCGGGGUCAUCUGAAGUCACCUGGAAGAGCGUAAUGAAUUUUGGUGAAGCAGGCUCAGGAAAGUGGAAAGUUCUGGUCACUGAUACCAAAAACUCUACGAAGAGGCGUUACCAAACAGGAUGCGUUUCGCACAUCCAAUUACAGUUGCAUGGAACAGAAGAGGGUGAAGACAGCUUUUCUAAAAACCAAGACCUCAUUUUACCACACUGGACAGAACUGCAAAAAGCGGCCCGCAAUUCUGAGGAAAGUCACAGGCUGGACGCUGAGGAGACUGCAACUGUUUAUGAUUAUCAGCGUUGGGAUGCGCUCGAAACGGAUGUACCACCAAAGAGUACUGGAAAAAAAGGUAAAAGAAAGUCACACGGUACCGCAUAG